AUGGUCAUGAAAACCUUAGGAAAUAAAGCUAACAGCGUGAAGGGAAUCUCGGUCACUGACUUGGAUUCCUCGCUCGGUACGGCAGUCCAUGGGAAGCAGGUGGCGCCGGACCGUCAUCAGAUUACUGCCUGCAACACAACGAAGCGACCACUCAGGAUCGGAACAUGGAAUGUCAGAACACUCUAUCAAUGCGGGAAAUUGGACAAUGUAAAACUAGAAAUGAUUCGAUUGAAAGUAAACAUUUUAGGAAUAUGCGAAACCAGGUGGACAGGGAGUGAGGAGUUUAACAGCGAAGACUUACACUCCGGUGGGGAGAAACAUGAACUAGGAGUGGCUGUGAUGCUUGACAAAGAAAGCGCGAAGAGUUUAGUGGGUUGGUUUGCCCUAUCAGAUAGGGUCAUGCUAGUAAAGCUGAAAGGGAAACAAGUAGAUAUCAGCAUCAUUCAGGUAUAUGCACCAACAACUGCAAGCAGUGAAGAAGAGAUUGAUAAGUUCUACGAUACAUUGGAGAAAGCUAAACAGCAAUGCAAAUCGACAGAUGUCACGAUGAUAUUGGGGGACUUGAAUGCGAAAGUAGGAAUCGAGACGGACGGAGAAACGGUCGGAAAGUUUGGACUGGACACACAAAAUGAUAGGGGAGAAAGAUGGCUUCAAUGGUGUAAAGCAAAUGAAUAUGUCUUAACCAAUACAUGGUACGAGCAGCAUCCACGCAGAUUGUGGACAUGGAGAAGUCCGGGAGACAAUGUUAAGAACCAGAUUACCUACAUUGCCAUCAAGAAACGGUAUAGGGGUGCAAUCCAACAGUCAAAAGCGUACCCUGGAGCUGAUCAUAACCCAGUCAUAUGCAAGUUAAAGUUAAAGCUCAAGACCAUCAAGAAAGGGAAAGUAACACCAAGAAUGGAGUACAACGCUUUACUGAAAAACGAAAACAUCCGAGAAGAGUAUGCGGUGGCGGUACAGAAUCGUUUCAAAGCUCUUGAAGACGAAGGGAAAGCUAAGUGGGACACCUUUAAGGAAGCAACAGUAUUGGUAGCAAAAGAACUUGUACCUAAACGAGAGAAAAAGUCUAAAAACAAGUGGAUGACAGAAGACAUCCUAGAGAGAAUGCGCUUGAGGCAGCAGAUUCACAGCCGUCAAAGUGAUGAAUACAAGCUAGCAAGCAAGGAAAUAAGGAAGAAAUGUAGGGAAGCCAAAGAAAUCUGGCUUAAUAAACAGUGUGAAGAAAUGGAAAGAUGA